GAUGAACUCGUGUUUUGAGUUGAAACGUCAUCGGAGUAGAAUGCGGACCUUGAUCGGUCAGAGGAAGGUUUAUCCUCAUCGUCAGUAACUCCGUAUUCACUUCCUGUUGGGAAUGAUCGAUGACUUAUAGGCAGAAAGCUUGUUGGAGAUGGAGGAGGCUGAACACAGCUGUAAGAAAUGACGAGGAGUCCUGAAUUGUUGGAGCAGCGACAGAUGAGCUUAUAAAGGAUCCCUGAGCUGGUGAGAUGGAGGAAGCGUACAGUGAACUGUACCAGCAGUUUCUUCGUCUGAGGUCACUUUGCCUGAAACAGGCAGCUCUGCUACAUCAACUCACGACCGCUCUGCAGAAACAGCAAGGUGCCACUGUUCCUAAUGGAGAGCUGAGUGAUAUGAUGUCCAUCCCCACCCAGUGUACCCAAGAAAUCCCUGUAUUUUUCCAUGAAAGGCCUCAUCCGCUGACAGCCACGGCACGCAACCCUGCAGCACAGCGUGGCGUCGUUCGCCUCUCUCCAAACGUGGGGACAUUUUCUGAUCUCCUCCCUGAAGACAUGACUAAGCUCUGUGUGGAUGUGCCUCGUCAUGGAAAGGAAGACAGGAUGUUGGAGCAAAUGGUUACACCCCUGUUAAGCUGUGACUUCACGAUGUGGCAAGGAGCCUCUUCCAGUGUCUCAAAUCAUCCGGGGCGAGCAGAUCAUCACAGUAGAGACAGGACAAAGCACACAGUGGGGAUGCCUGCGAUGCCUGCGAUGCCUGCGAGAGACAGUACCUCCCUGCCUAGAGAUUUGCUGACUCCAUCUGACGGGUUACUGAUGUCAGACGUGGUGCUACAGUCUCACGUUUGUGAGUUCUGCCAGGCGGUUUUCCCCGGAGACACAGCCACCAGGGGAGAGUUCCUACGCCAUCUUUACACCCACGUCACCUAAACUAAGCUGAUCAUUCUUCACCUCCUGACCUUUGAGUUGUGUCUUCAUAUGAUACAGCAUUGGAAAUUGACCUGCUCAUCAUAUGGUUUAGCCAUUUUCUAGAUGAAUUGUGCAGAGUCUGAUGCUAGCAUCUGUUUCUUUCUCUGAGAUGGGAAGGGAAGAGUGGAAAACUUGUAAAAGCAUUGAGAUAUUUUAUUUAUAAAGGCUCAGUUCACCCAAAUAAAAAAAAGAAACGCAUACAGCU